AUGCCCGCAGCAAUCAACCGCCCCCCACUGAGGGUGGCCAUAGUAGGUGGUGGCAUCGGCGGGCUCUGCACCGCCCUGUCCCUCCAUUAUCAUUGUGGCUCGAAUGUCGAUAUAGAUGUCUACGAGCAAGCUCCGCAGUACAAAGAGAUCGGGGCCGGUGUCGGCAUCGGCGUCAAUGCUGCAAAGCUGCUGCACAAGAUAGGCAUUGGCGAAACCAUCUCGACGAUUGCAGGAAAGCGAACCGGCAUCUGGAUCACGUUUCGCAAGUUCGACGACGGAUCGGACGUCGUGACAGUGCCAUCCGUAGACACGGAGGAGAUCAAACAACUGCCCGUGCAUCGCGCCGAGUUUCUGGACCUGCUGGUUGAUAUUGUGAGGCAGAAGGAUGCCGCCAGACUGCAUACCAACAAACGAUGCAAGAAACUUACUGAGCAAGGCGACGAGGUAUUGAUCGAAUUCGAGGAUGGGACGACCGCCACGGCCAACAUGGUUGUCGGAUGCGACGGUAUACAUUCUGCCGUCCGGGCCCAGUUCACCAGCGACAACCCCGACUACAGUGGCAGGAUCGCAUACCGUGCACUGGUGCCCAUAUCUGAGAUCGAGGAUUGGUGGGGGUUCGAGACGUACUCGGUGACGUGGCUGGGCAAGAACCGGCACUUUCUAUGCUUCCCGAUCUCGCGCAACAAGACGCUCAACAUCGUCGCGUUCGUGGCCGAGAAGGAAGAGAACCUGGGCGACCUCCGGGAGAGCUGGACGGCGGUGGGCAAGAAAGAGGAAGUCUUCGAGGCCUUCCAGGGGUUCGAGGAAAAAGUGCAGAGGUUGAUCCGGUUGAUGCCCGAGCAGCCGUCCAAGUGGCUGAUCAAUGACCGCAAGCCGCUCGAUCAGUGGGUGUAUCUCGGAGGCAAAGCUAUACUAUUGGGAGAUGCUGCUCACGCCAUGACUCCCCACCAAGGCGCGGGAGCAGGUCAAGCCAUCGAAGACGGAUACAUUCUCGGUCGAGCACUGCAGGACUACUUCCGAAGUCCAUCAUCCGGGAAAGGCAGCCUCGAAUCCUGGACGAGGGUGUACCAGGAUGUGCGCCUCCCACGAGCACAGAAGGUACAGCGUACGUCCAGAGAUGCCGUCGAGGUGUAUCAGGCCCAGGCGGACAUCAUGAAGGAUCUGCCCUUUGACCAAUGCGUGCCAGAGAUUCAUAAACGCGUGAUUGACCGUAUGCGCUGGGUUUGGACGGAUGAUAUCGACGCCGAGUAUGAUCAGGCGGUGAAGAAGCGGAAGGACAUGGGCAAAUUGUAA